AUGUACUCUCUGGCUGGCCGUCUCGAAAUGCGCUAUCUGGAGUCGGCUCGUGGCCAAGCCGUUGCAACGACGAGACGGCAGAGUUGGGGACAAGAGAGACGGGACAACACGAGAGGGCAUGUCGUUGGGUUUAGUGCCUGUUGUAUAUAUGUAUCUCAAGUUCAACUAACUGUCCGUCUGGUGACGACUGCCAGCUCUGCCUCCCUCAGGUUCACUAGCAACUGCAUCGAGCUCAAGAUCAAGCUCGGAUUCUUACUUUUGACCGUCCCGGAUCGUCGCCAGGGUCCUGGGUUCUUUACUGAGCAAGUAUUCGGUAUUAGGUUUUGGAAAUCAUGUACAGAGGACGGCCACCAAGUACAGAGUUCUAAGCAACUGCAUGACUCUGGUAAAUUACUGGCCUUCUUCACUAAAAGGAUUCUCGGACUUCCGUCAUGCCUGAGGCAAUUACAAACGAAACAUACUAUGCACUCAAAGCCAUUUGGCCAAAAGCAGAAACCCAAAAAGCAAAAGCAAGGGUCUCAUCUGCCUACUAACUCGUUUGGCGUCUCGGUUAUGCCGCAGGAUCCUCUCCACUCUCCGGCACUCCCGUACAGAUCAUAUUCGGACAACUUUAUUGACUGUAUCGGACAGCUUUCCGAAUUCUGCGGAGUACAGAGUAUCAUUGAAAUAUUUGCAGCUGCCCGUUUCUGCAAUGAAACGACACCACUGACUCCAACUGAAGCUUUUUUAGAGUUUGACGAUGCGAGUCCCAAGUCAUCUAUCUGA